AUGGAAGUUAUUGAAGAUGGAAAUAUUAUGGACAGGAUCCCUAUUCUUUUACAAAGGGAUCUGGAAUAUUAUCAGAAUAAUCAAACUGUGCUAUCUGAGAAAAUAUGCAGUGGAGUUGUUGGGGGACGGCUAGAUUUUCCACGUAGUGCCUCAUUUGCGGCUGUCAAGAUAGUCUUGUGGCUUGAAGAAGAGUUUUCUGUUGCAUUUAAGCAAGGCUCCGGGAUGUUUGUGACUUUGGAAGAUGAUGACAUAGAGGGGGGUGUGGCAAAAACCUCAGAUCCAGAGAAAUUUGUGCAGCUUGCUAUUAAAUCGAGUGACUCAUUGCUAGAACACUUACACAUGCUAGCUCAAGAGGCAUUAGACCAUGCUGAUUUACCAGUAUUGACUGCAACACUAGGUGCUGCUGCUUUGCUGAAAAAUAGCCUUUACUGCUAUUUGCAACAUAUUGAGGAUACGGGCCUUACUGAAAUGCAAUCUGUUAUGCAAGCAUGUUACAAAAGAUAUGUAACAAUGUCCGAAGCGGUGGGUGAAAGGGUUUUGGAUCUACAUAAUAGAGUUCUUUCUCUUUAUAUCCUCCAAGACUCUGGUGGCAGACCAAUAGAUUCAGUGGGAAAUAAUAUUCACGAGACCGGAACUCCAUCUGUGCAGGGCUGGUGGCUUUAUAUGAAUGGGAGUCGAAAAGAUUUAUGGGACACUGUACCCCCUCGAAUGGCGCAAAGGAUAUUCGCUGGAAUGCUUAACGAGACUCUCACUAUAUUGACUGUGAGAUAUUGUCAGACAAUCAUUACACGUAACACAACAACGCCCUUGCUUAUUAAUGACAUAGUGAAUAUACUUCUUUGCUGCGCGCAAUUGCUGCCUUGUAUAUGUACAAGCGGCGCGGAUUUGGCCGGACUAGAGCGCACUGCGCAAAGCCGCGAUGUCAGAGACGUACAUGCUAAGUGCAACGAACUCUUUAAGUGCAUGGUGUUUAGGGGUGCAGACAUACAUUUUCUACAUCAGGCUUUCAAGGAGAAGGAAGAAUCUAGUUCCUCGAAGGAGACUCCCUAUCCUUGGUUUAUGUUUGUUAGUCCCAACUUGUUUGAGAGUUUCGAUGACGUCACAACACAUACCCAAGAUUUGCCAAAUAAAACUGCUAUCGGUUUGGAGCUUAUAGUGUUGUUGGCGCAACCACAACCGUCGUGGACCUUACUUUUGAAAGUAUGUCAUGGUUACUUACUGAUACAUCAGGUGCUAAUGAUGCGCAACUGUCAGUUAGCUCGAAUGCUCCUCAUCCACUCGGUGCGUCACAUGUCCGUGGACAAUUCGCGGUGGCCAGCAGAUGGCUUGUGGUAUAGCGGGGAUGGGUUGAGAAAGAGAUGCGAAGGCUUCCUCUGCACGGCUGAUGGAUUCUGUAGAUUCACAAAUGUUGAUAGUGCCGGUGAAGAAUAUGCUAGAGCAGUGGGCGCCCUGACCUAUAUAAUAUCAAAUAUCGGCAGUAGGGACGAGGUUAAGUCAACCCUGUGUUAUGCUCUGGAAGUAUCGGAAAGGGAUUGGGCAGCCUGCUUGGACAAAAGACAGGUGUGGUGUGAUCGUAGACCGUCAUGGUUGGCUGGUGUUUUGGGUCUCGUGGGUACGGCAUUAGCUUUUAUCCCAGCUUCACUCGUCAACGCAAUACAGACUGGGGCUUCUAUGUAUCAGACAAUGUCCCUUUGCCUGACAAGUAUUUCGCGGAGUCUAAUAUGCAUCCCUCGGAAUUUCAUCAACACGGCAGAGAUCCUUGAAAAGGCGCUCCCGGCUAAUGUGAACCCGGUUGGCGGUUCUGUGGUGAUACAGAUGCUUAUCACGGUUGUAUAUGAAGAGCUGAUGAAAUGGGCUAAGAAGGAAUCUUUAAAAGAGUCUGCAGGUGUAAAUGGCGAUGCUCAUAAUAUGAAUGUUCACCAUCGAAGGCCGAAACAAGUCAGGAUUCAAUCUAUCCAAACUACUAUGUCAAGUUCAGUAAGCUUUGACGGAACCCAUAGCUCGCCAUCUUCCAUCGCUCUGGCUAUAGCUGAAGCGCUCUGCUCUAUAGACGAAGAUGACAAACAUACGAGUGAAAUUGAAAAUUUGGUGGCAGAAACUAAGAGGACCUUUACUGUGUCUAACAGUUUCGGAUUAGAUUUUCCUGAAUUUGCGGAAUUCUUCGAAGAGGGUAAUGUCGCAGCAUCGAAUGCGGAGAGAGCAAGCGACGCCGCGGCUCUAACUAGUCAAAUACUGAUGACAUCUGCUGGCAGAGACAGUUUUAGGGUCAUAUAUGAUCAUCUACAAUCGCAUGCAGACCGCAUUUACAAGGAGCUCGGUAUUCAAGAAGGCUGUGACGCGAAUGUUCCGCAAAAUAAGGCCCCGCUUCUGUACAUCAUGUUUCAUAUUGGUAGACGGCCUUUUGAUCAGUAUUUCCGUGGUGAAUGGCCGAUGCCCUGGAGCAAACUGGUGGCGAGAGCUAAAGCCUGGUGCGGUGUAGAUGGCGCUCGAGUGCACGUCAAUAGACGCCCGGAUAUCCGGAAUAUCAAAAGUCAGACCAAGAACAAUAGACAAUUGACGGAGAUAUAUUCUAUGUUCAAAACUCAGCCUGAAGGAUUACUAUGA